CAUCCCGCUGGCUCCGGGCGAGAGACGGAGCCCGCGGACCGGGCGCUGAAACCGCCUCGCCAUCCGCACGCCGCGGUCCGAGAGGAGGAGCCCCGGGUGCCGCGCCGGCCGCCGGCACCGCCGCCGCUCCCGCCAGCACCCCAUGGAUAAGGCGGGCUCGCUGCACAGCUCGGUGCCCGGGCCGCCGCCCCGGCUCUACCUGCCGCGGAACUUCAGCUGCAGCGCCUGUCUCUAUGGCAGCCUGGCCGAGCAGUGCAGGGCGGGCUGCAGCCCCGACGGCGACGCCGCGCCCACGCCCGUGGUGCGGGAAGCGGCGGGCGAGAAGCCGCCGUCGACCCGCGGCCGGGAGCCCACGCUGCCCGCCGUGCCCCCCAGCCCCACGCAGCGCCGCCGCGCCAAGUCUCUGCCCACGCCCGGCGACCGCAGCCUGCGCCCCGCGCUGCAGCAGAGCCCGUCGCGCCGCAAGACCGUGCGGUUCGCCGACUCGCUGGGGCUGGAGCUCACCUCCGUGCACCUCUUCUGCGAGGCCGACCUGCCGCGGGUGCCGCUGCCCGCGCCUCCGACGCCGCGCCCCGCCGACCUCCUCAAGACCAGGAAGCCGCCGGCGCUGGGCGACCUGGAGCCGGUGCUGUUCGGGCCGCCGCCGCCGCUGCUGGAGCCGCUGUUCCCGCCGCAGCCCGGCGCCAGCCCCGGCUUCGCGGAGCGGGUGCGGCAGCACAAGGUGAGGCUGGAGUGGGUGCGGGCAGAGCCGACGGGGCUCCGCGGGGCCGUGCGCGUCCUCAACCUCGCCUACGAGAAGGUGGUGUCGGUGCGCUACACGCUCAAUGGCUGGGCCAGCUGCGCCGAGGCUGCCGCCACGUACCAGCCGCCCGGGCCGGCCGACGGCAUCACCGACCGCUUCGCCUUCCUGCUGCCCCUGGGCGCCGCCGCCGCCGCCGCCGACACCGCGCUGGAGUUCGCCGUCCGCUACCGCGUGGCCGGCGCCGAGUACUGGGACAACAACGAGGGCAAGAACUACCGGCUGCGGGGCCGGCAGCGCGUCCCGCCCUCCGCAGGGCCCCCGCAGGACCCCGACAGCUCUGCCUGGAUCCACUUCAUCUGACGGGGGCAGCGCGGAGCCCGCGCAGGGUCGGGGGGGCCCUCCCGGGGGCUCGGCGCCCUCCCCGUGCCCGGAGUUCUGCCGAGUUCUGUUUACAGAGGGGUGAUUUGUGUUUUCUGUGUCACUAGCGGGGCCGGGGGAGCCCUGGCUCGCCUCCCAGGCGCUCACGGGGUGUGGGCAGGGAGGCCGGGCGCGGGUUCCCCCUCAGAGUCCCGGGCACCGUGGCUUCCACCAAAGCGGCGGCUGCCGGCCGGGAAUGUGCGGGGUUUGCCGGGAUCCGCAGGUGAGUGCACAUCCUCCCGGCCCCGGAGGUCAGGCUGAGCUGCUGUCACCUCAGCAGGUUACACUGCCACAGGGCAUCCCUCCGUCCUAUUUGCCUAAUCCGGCUCAAGCAAAGCCCGGAUCCGCCCUCAGCGCCUCGCUGACCCGCUCUGUUAGCGGGGUCAAGGGCCUGAUAGUGCAGGCUAAGGCACAGAUCUGUUUUGAACCCAAAAAGACAAAAGUGCGGAUGCCCCCAGGCGUAGCUGUGUUUCAUUAUGCAGUGAAAGUGCUCGAUUUCAAGCUAAGAUUUUUUUUUUUUUUUAAACUUUUGAACCCUAUUUCGGGUAUUCAGUAAUAGAGAAAAAACAGCAUCACAUCCUAUUUGAAACCCCACUCACUGAGGGAUUUUUGAAAGAAAGUGUUUUGGUUUAGAAUUCGUGUGGUAUGUUGAUGGAAAAUUUUGUCAGGAUCUGGUGUUCGUUUCAGUAGGACUGGUCCCACAAAGCUGCUUGUGUUCAGGAAAGUUGUGGAAUUGCACCAAGGAGCGAGAGACGGCAAGCAUUGAAUCUGUAAUUCCAGUCUGCAUCACGAGCAACACCUUCAUUUCUAUUUCUGUUAACAGUUUAAUUGAACAGUAUCAGUGCAGGAGCCUGCUUUCUGAAUUUCCUGCUCCAAAUUCUUCAUAAUAAUUUCAGUAAGUGAUGGAUUUCCCAAAAAUGGUGAGGUCUAAUCAGACAAAUCAAAGAAAGUUCUGCCUUGCCAUAUAAAAGUAAAUCAAUCAAAAUCACACAGCAUACUGACUGCUGCCUUCAAAGGUGUGUUUUAAAUUAUAUUAGCACUAAACAAAGCAUUUUCAUUUUAAAGCAUGCUUUUUCAGGAGUUCAGCUGCAUACAGGUUGUGCUGGUGCUAAAUGUGGGUGCUAAUUUCCCAGGAUUGAGGCAUGGAUGUGUUUGCUGGAGAGGGGCCUCUGCAAAUAUAACUUGUGAGAGUGGUAAAACCAUGUCAGUGUGAUUUUCUGGUUGUGAAGGGCUGUAAGAUCAGGGCUUUAGGGUUUGGAUUUUGUGUAGGUUGUUUUGGGAUGAAAUGUGAUUUUUAAACUGCUUUUUGUUUCUUGAAGGGGUUAAGUGCCCCAAGCAGCUUGAGUAAUGUCUGGAAUAAUGAGUUCUCACAGAACCUUUUGACUCUGGUGAGAAUUGAGAACAGUUUUGUCUCCUGAGGGUUUGAUUCAGUCAGAACAAUUAAACUUAUAAAUUCUGGGGGAAAAAAAGAGGUCUGGAAACUCAAUGGGAAAAGAGAAUUUAAUUUCAUUUCUGUAGAUUACUGGUUCAGAUUUAAUGGAAGUAACAGCAAGACUGCUUUCUGUAGUAUUGGUAGCUUGGUUUUAAUUUCCCAGUCAGUUCUAAUCCCUGUGCUUUUAGUGAAACCAAAUUUAACAGAAAUACACUGUCAGCAUCUACUGAGUAUUUCACAUUUUAGUAUAUUAACAUCCCCAUCUUGUAAUACAGUAAUCCUAUAAGUUACUGGAACACAUUUAUAAAGCUAGAAUUGCACAGUUAGGGUCUUAAAAUGUUAAUGAUUAAAACACAUUAAGUGGUGUAUUUGAUAAAGCAAGCCCAAGUGUCUUUUAGUUGGACUUUACAUUUUAUAAGAGCCUUAAUACUGGAGAGAAGGAAAAGGACUUGUCUCCAUUUGAAAGCACUUUGAAAUCUGGUAGAAAUACAGCAAACCAUCAUUUAUUUAUGUGUUGUAGCUUUCCAAAGCUUGGCCUUUUUAACUGACAGAGUGAACCAACAGCAGUUGUGUGGACUAAUGAAAAUGCUUGGAGACAAAAGUAGUUUCUAUGCAUUUUAGAUCAACUGAUGCUGCAAUUUCGCUUAUGAAGUUUUAACAGGAUUUCCUGGUUUUUGUUUCAAUGGCUUUAAAAAACACAGACAGUGCUAAAAAAACUUUUUUAACACUGAGCAGUUCUAGAACUCCAAAAUUAUUUUCCAGUGAUUGGCAGUCUUUAUUGUCGUUUGAUUUAUGCUGCAUGUGUAGGUCUCCAAAAAUUCUCUAAAAAUCUCUAAAAAGAAAUUUGACAUCUCCUUCUAGCAGCUGUGGCUUAAACACUUUCAAUUUGGAUUACCUAAGUGGAUGUACCUGAAUCAAGUGCACAAGGAGGUGGUUGUAUUUCACUUUAUUUUUGGUCAUGACUUAGGUGUACUUACUGUUGUUCUUGGUUGGAAUUUUACAGGUAGAAUUGGGCUAUGGCUUUAUAAUACUGUUCAGAUAUUAUUGUUCUUUUAUUUAUGGCCACCUUUGCCAAACACAAAUCUGGAUAUUCAACCUUUUGAAGUUGUAGCAUACCAGGAGAGUGUUUUGCAAAACAGUCUCCUGAGCUUUCAAGCAGUUAAUCCUGACCUCAGCCUAAAUUUUGUGAGUAACUUGAUAAGGCUUGAUCAGAGAUUGUUGAUGAGAUAUGUGCAAGUACAGUAAAAGAUGUGGUCUUGUGGAAGAUUUAGAGACAGCUCUGUUGUAAUGCCUGGAAAGGGAAGGCUGCACCCAGCCAGAGAAUGCUAUUGAUGAAUUUGUGGAAGGAGAUUGAGGUGCUUCAUAGAAAUAUCAGUAGCAUAUGCCAAAGCUGCACUACUUUGAUUACACAUCUGCACUUCUGUCACAUGAAUUUAUUUCCAAGAAAGGUUUAUUCACAUUUGCAAACACAAGUUCAGUUCAGUGGCUGGGAAUGGCUUUUUCCACUGGCAGCAUUCAUGUAGUUUUCAAUCCAUUAGCUUUCAAUCUGAGCCCAUCUAUAAUACUGUAAUACUUGUUAGAAGCAUUGUGGUAAGUGGAGAUGAAAUAGAAAUAUCAAAUGAUAUUUAUAUAAUUCAUAAACAAUGACUUUGAGGAGAAAACCUGUGUUGCAGGGGGUCAAGUUGGCAGGACACCAAUAAUCUUAUUGGGAUUUGGGGCAAAACAUCUUUUUAAAAUUGUAUUUCUAAAGAAUAUUGUUCAAAAAAUAAAACUUCCACAAGCCAAGUAAAAUACCUGAAAAUUUUCCAGCCAAUUUGUUUCUGGAAAAAAAUGGUUUUCUAUGCAUGAAUGGGGUCCAUGCCACCUCCCUUUCCAAGUGAUGGUUUAGGUAAAGCAAUAAUCCUUAGGUCCUGUGCUUCACUUGUAAGUGCAUUAUUCAUUGCUUAUGUCUCUAGGUGUAAAAUGUGUCUGUCAUUCCUGGUGCAAAGCUGUAGCUUUGUGAAAUGUGCCAUGUUGGUUUUUGUGCACUGUAAUGCUCAGUUAUACAGCGAGUCAGGUUGUACUGUAAGGCUGAUAGAUGUGGAUGUUUGCUGCUUCACACUGGAACUGGUAGGGUUGUGCAUGUGAUUCUAUGCCUUCUGUGGCAGUACUCUGGAGAUUUACCCUAAUUAUUAGAAAUCCUAAAACAAAUGAGAACUAUUAAGUAAAUGGAAUUUCAGCUAGCUAAACAUAUUAUUUAUUAGCAUAAAAUCAGGAACUGAAGGUGUUGUACUUAUUUUCACUAAAUGUACAUAAUUUCAGGUAAAUUAAUUUUUUUCUCCUUUUACCAUUUGCAAGUAACUUUUUGAUGUGAAUGUGUGUGCCUCAGUAUCUCAGUAAACAACAGAGUAAGUGCACACUCAGUUGUUUCAGCAGAUGUGAGGGGCAAAUGUAUUUUGAAUGAACAAAUGUCUGUUCAUGCAUGAGCAUCAUCCCUUGACAGAUACAUAAAAUGUUUUUCCAUAAUGCCAACAGGCAAGCAGCUGCUAAUUUUAAUGGAAAGUAACCUGCAGAAAUACUCAGAAUCUCAUUUUUUGAACAUAUCAUAUAUUAAAGUUUUUAUGUGCCUUUCAGCAUUUCCUAGAAAUAAAGCUCACGUGUUCCUUAGCUCUCCCACCACAAGUCCAGUAACAAACUGGUCAUUAAAAUGAAAUUUUUACAAAAAUAUAAUAAUCCUAAUUCCUGACACAUUUUUAGCUGUGCCAGAAAUUGUGUGUCUAUAGCAGUCAGAAGGAUUUGAUAAUAUUUUCCUAUAUUACAGUGGAAGAAAUGUCAGUCAGAAAUGUCUUCCCAGUACACCUCUGCAGUUAUGUAGUUAAAUAAAAAAGAAACAAAUUGUGACUAUAGUUAAUAUAACAGAAUAUAUUUGUUGUACAUAUUCACCUCUUGCACAAAUAUUCUAAAUAUAUAUUCUAUCUGAAGCCAGAAGUUCUAGUUUUCUAUGAAAUCUGUCUGUGGAGACCUGGUCUUUUCAACUUUUACUGUUACAUAUCUGAUGCUGCAUAAUGCAUACUGUUAAUAUUUUUUGAUGGAUUUAAUCUGUCUGCAGGGUUUAUAUCAUGAAACAAAAGUGCUCAGUGCAAGGAAUAUCUGAAGUAAAUUAAUUUACCUUCCAGCUGUUCUGCCAGGCUUUUUGGCAAAUCCUCAGUAAUUCUGUUUCCUGUAGGUACUCGAGGUGCACAUGCUUGGUAUAAAUGGAAGGAUUACUUAACAGAAUGGAAAUGUUUUUGAGCACUGAAAUUAAGGAUUUUCCAACAUAAAUAGUUCAAGGCAAGAAGUAAAUAUAGUCAAUAUUGUUGUAAAACAAAGCCCACUGGCCUUAUGUAGAGCUGAUCAGUAUUUUGUUUAAAAUGGAAGACAAUGGUCUAUUUCAAAAUUAAGCAUGUUCAGGGAAACACACCCAUUUCAGUGAAGGUUUUCUCAGGUUCAGGUGGUAGGACAGAAUUGCCCUAAAAUAAAGAAGUGGUAAGAGUAUUUCCUUACAUCUGUGUAUGGGCUUGAAUGUAGGUGUUCCAUGAGCAGAGUGGAUACUGAGCUGUAAAACCAUUGGCUUGGAGGUUUUCUUUUUCCAUCUUACAAAUACUGUUUUAAAACACCCUCACAGAAAGGAUUUUUGAUCCUGGGUUUCCCCAUCUCGUGUGAAUAUCCUCUUCAUUAAUCACUCUGGCUUUUGCUUGAGGCUUCUGUUGUUAAAGAAAGAUUUGAUUUUAUUUUUAUGCUACAUAGGAAGAUUAUUUUACAUUAGAUUUUUGGAGGGAAAGGCAGGGAAAAUCCUUUCCUUGCAUUUUUCAUUUUUAGAUAUUAAACAAUAGCAUGAACUAUAAAAAUUGCUUGAAAUUACAUAUGCCUAGUGAUUCCAAAGAAUAUAGCUAAGAAUAAUGUCAAGUGUGAGAUGUGCUUUUUAAAAAACAUACGUGCUUUGAUCUAGAAAGGCAGGGAGAAAGUCCUAGUCUCCAGUGCAAGCUAUUAAUGCCAGGGAUUUCUUUCUAUGCAAUUCUAUGGUGCACCUGUUUUUAUAGGGAUUAACUUGAUUGGUGUAGUUCAUGUAUCAGUGUGUUAUGUAUAGAAUAUUCUGUUUAAAGUGUCAUUAAGGAAACUGUGUGUCUUAAAUGGUGUUAUAACUUUAGGCUCUUUUUUGUCCCACCUGACUUCACUAAAUCAUAAGAAACUCCUCUGAAUAACAAUUACAAGACAAUAUUUCAUAACAUUGCAUAAUCAAGUCUCACACAUUACACUUAUCACCUUUUAGGACAAAAGUUGUGUUACUGUUGUGAGUUUGAAAAUUUUUGUAUUUCUGUAUCUUGAAACAACAAACCAAAUCAUACCACACUUUUAAACACAAAGAGCUAAUAAGUGUGUUUUUAAAGCUGAUUGAAAGUAGUCAAACUAAAAUUGGCUCAGAUUACUCGUGUGUCAAGUUUCUAAACUGUGGUAUAAAAAAUGUUUGUGUACCUCCUGUGCCUCCUUCGUGGAGAGGCAUCCUGGGUGCAAAACCUGCCACCAUCUGGACAAGAAUCCAGGUUGCACUGCAGGAAAAUUGCUGUGACAGAAUUGCUGUUCUUGGAGAGGUUUGAACAAACCCAGCUCCUCCCUUGCAGUGUUAUUACACAAAUAGAGAUUCUGUCUGUUGAAUAGAGUUCUUCAAUAUGCAGGUUUUCUUACUGUUUCUUUGAUUUACUGUGACUUCAUUCUGAAAAAAAAAUGUUAUUUAACUCUGUACUUGACUAGUAAAUUACUUUGGGUUGUAGUGUCUUCUGCAAUGUUUAUAUUUCACCAAAUAAUGUUUGUUUCUAAUGUUUGUAAAAGUUAAUGUAAUAUCACCAAAAGUCAAAAUUUUCUAAUAAUGCCUUGUAAUUUACCUAGCCUUACAGUAUUUCAGAAAAUUUUCCACCAAAACUGCAUCCAGUCACUGCUUGUCACAAUUAUGAAAAAGAGAUAUUUAUAAACCUGUAGCUUCUAGCUGCCAUUAAAGAUUAAUGAGACAAAUAAUGAGCAUGUGGUGACUACAGACUUUUUUCUUAAAUUGACAAACCAUUAUGUCUUUUUUGUUUGGUAUCUGAAGCGAUGAUGUUCCAAAACCUCCACCCAUGUUGGGAUGUACCUGCAAAUCUGAGACACAUACCUGAUAUUUGGGGCACCUUUCCCAGCCAGCCUGUCCUGAGAGUAUCUCCAAAAAUAUUUUCUCUUCCAAAUAUUUUUUCUCUGUUCAUUGCCUACUUCAAAAUAUUUGUUUCUUGAAUUGUUACAGUGUGCAAUCUUUAUUCAAUCUUUAUUGUACUCAGCAUCUUCUCAGUUUUCAGCUUUUCUUUAACACUUUUUAAGCCCUUUUUAUAAUACAGAUAAAAGCCAUAUAGCCACAAGGAGAAAAAAUGUUCUGUGUUUGUUCUUAUGUGAUUGGUACAACUUAUUUUUCUAUCCUCUUUCAGGAAAAUUUGCCUAGCAAUCUUAUUAAUAAUAUUUUUUUUGUGCAUGUAUUUCUCUGGAAGAGUGCAGUAAUUAAUAUUAGCUCUAGAUUUCUUUUGUUUCCAGAGGGAAUGUUUCAUCAUUUAACAUCCAUUUAAUCUUUCUGUUCAAGUCAAAAGGAACUCUUAGCCCACAUAAAUUACAGAAUCCAGAACUGUUUUCUUAAGGUACCAUUACAUAAAUAUUAGACUGCAUUAGUUAGAAUCACAAAGUGUAAUUUAGAUUUCUUUGUGGUAAGAACUAUGUUUUGAAUUUAAAAUUGCUGUUUUACUUGAAUGAUCUGAAGUAAUGAGAUUACAAUUCUGAGUGAAGAUUAUAAUGAAGAUUAGUUUUACAUUGUUCUUGGAUUAAUUUUUCUUUUUUUUUUUUUUUUACUCUUCCAUGGGACAGUAUAUAUGACUAGGGUAAUUUUUCUGAUGAUUAAUCAGAACUACAUUUUGUAGAUAGUCUUAUUAUUUAACAGGAGUUAAAAUAAAUGAAGUGUUCAGACAGUUGUUCUACUACUGAUGAUGAUGAUAAUAAUAAUUGUGGUUGAGGGUAAUACACUGCAGAAAAAAAGAGCUGUACCAUAAUGAUAUUACACCAGUUUUAUCACUGGCUUUGCCUUACCAGUUGUGGCACAAGUGAGGGCUUCUCAGAAGAGCCAGGAAUUGCCAAGAACACUUAAUUCAGUCAUUUUCUCUUGAUCCAGACCCACACAGUACAGAAGGGAGGCAGGCAUGGCAGAAAGCAGAAGCUCUCCCGUGUCCUGAGAAGUGCAGACUCAUCCUCUUUGAUUGACUUUCAUGGUCAGAGAAAGGUACAAGUGCCCUACCUGCAUUUAAAUGCUUCUCUAAGCAGAAUACAUCCAGCAGCAUAAAUAAUUGAACACUAUAAACAAAUGACCAAUAAAACAGCCUAAUAGCAAAGGAUGUAGGGUACUUGUACUGCAUUAAAAUAGAUCAGGUCUGAAUUAUGCUUUGUCAGGAAGAGAGAGAGGCAUCAAUAUUGUGGGGCAAACUCAGAGCAACCCAGAUACCACAGAGACAAUUCUCCUGCCAAGGACUGUUCUUAGACUGUCUCAGUGUGGGGAGAGUGGAGAAAUUACAUCAAGGACACUCCUGAGCAGCUCUCAGAAUUUGUCUGGGCCAUCUGCAGUAUAUCUUGGUGGUAAUUUGCAAUGACUGGAUGUUGCUCGAUGUUUAAUAUUGCCUUAAGGCGUGAGGUCCUGGUCCCUGGAAACAGCGUCCCCAAGGGGGCUGCUUUCCAUCACUUCAGUCACACGGCGGCGGGUACAAUGAAACGAGGUUUAAGUUGAUUUCUUUGUUACAGGCAAUGCUGUGAGGAAUUGUUUGUGUGUUUUAAACCUUUUCAAUGGAGCAGGGUGUCCUCAUCUCUUGCGCUGCUCCGCAGUUCCCCUGGGCGAGCGGCACCCGGAGCUGCGCUGAGCCUGCGGCCCUGGGAGCUCCCUGCCCCGGCCUCGAGGUUCCGAGUGCCACCGUGUGGUGGAUUUGUGCGAUAAUUCCUAUUUUUCAUUGCAGUCACAGCACCGUUUGCGACCUGAAGCAUUUUUUCCCCCACUGGUGACCUGAGUUUAUUAAAUAAUUCUGCGAUAUUCUUAGGGUUUCUUUCUCUUCUGCAGAAUAUUUAGUGCGGGUGCAGUUCCCUUUGCCUCUUUGCUGUGUGAUCUCCUCACAUCACAGCAGAGCCUCGUGUGCCCAGAGGCUGAGUGAUUGCUGCAGUUCCAUUUAUUCACUGGGCUGGAGAUGAAUCCUUUCUGUGUCAGGGUGGAAGAUUAAAACUCAGUGACGGGAACCAUUUCUGCAGGGAUAUUUUAGAUUCCCAACCUAUCAGUCUGAAGGAAAAGGAGAGAGGAUCCUUAGCCACAGAACAUCACUUGUCUGCAGACACCAGUUCAGGCAAGCAUUGGAUACUGAGAUUUGCUGCAAUUCUAAUCAGAGCUGCUUAGCAGAUUGUCUCACUGCUAAUUUAAUGACAGUGAAGCUGACAUUGCCCUUUCUUUAUGCUCAUCAAAACACUUGGCAGUGUUUUGAUGUAUUUUAGUUCUUUUAAACAUUGAUUUUUUUUCUCUCUCUCACUAGUAAGAAGUAAAAAUUACACAAUUUCUAUUUAUAUGCAAGUACAAGAUUCACAGAGAGAUGCAGCACUCCAUUGGCUGAAAAACAAACAAAAUGUAAGGUAUUCAAGCUUUUGGGCA